GCUUUUACUUUCGUAGAUCAAUUAGUUGUCGUGGUGUCGGAUCAUCCGCCAAGACCAAAAAGAAAACCCUCGCGCCCUACGACGCUCCCCUUCGCAUCCGCGGCCUCACUCCAAUUACUGGGCCAAGGCUCUGACAUCGUUCGUCAUCACGCGUCGGUCGCUGCCGCUGGGCUCGGCUUACUCUUCCGCAACUGAGCACAGAGAACCGCUACCUCCCUCGUCCAUUUCCGGGACACCUCGCCGACAAGACCUGCUCGCUUUCCCUCGACACUGCCCCUCUAUCCAACUCAUCCUGUGCACCCGCAAGGAUGGAUCCUGAAUCUUUUCGAUCGACGCUGUCCAAUUUGGCGUUUGGUAAUGUAAUGGCAGCGGCAGCUCGAGACUACCAAAAGGAGUUGCUAGCUAAUGACAAGGCACAAGCAUCUCAUACAACCACCGAUGAUGUUGACCUUGAUGAAUUGCUGGAUGAUCCUGAACUGGAAAAAUUGCAUGCAGAAAGAAUUGCUGCUUUGAAGAGAGUUUGAGAUCUCCAAAAUCCAAUGGCUGAGAAGAGAGAAGUACUGAAAAGGCAAGGUCACGGUGAAUAUAGGGAGAUAACUGAAGCUGAUUUUCUUGGUGAAGUGACUGGAAGCGAGAAAGUUAUCUGCCACUUCUACCACCGGGAAUUCUACCGUUGCAAGAUAAUGGAUAAGCAUUUGAAGGCCUUGGCUCCAAUGCACGUUGAUACAAAGUUCAUCAAAUUAGACGCUGAAAAUGCACCAUUCUUUGUUAAGAAACUGGCAAUUAAAACUCUUCCAUGUGUUGUUUUGUUCCGGAAUGGCAUUAGCUUUGAUAGGGUGACUGGGUUCCAAGACCUGGGAAGCAAAGAUGAUUUCACCACCAGAGCUUUAGAACAUCUUUUUAAGAGGAAAGGCAUUCUCGGUGAAAGGAAAGGCGACAAUGAUGAGCUUGCAGAAGAGGAGAUUGACUCUGGAAGAAGUCGGAGUAUUAGAACUUCAACUAAUGCAGGUUCUGAUUCAGACUGAAAGACAAGUUGAAAGUCUUCGCGGCUGCAAACAACAACAAAAAUUACUAUACCAUCAAGCUUGUAAUUUGGUUGUUUGUUUUACUACUUGAAAACUUGUGUUUAUUUUAGUUGACAAUUUGAUUUUUACUUGCGAAUGCUCUUUAUUUAUUUGUUCAGGAUCAUAUUUUUGUGUAGAUUGAAAUUUGAUUAAACCAGUUUUUCCAUGCAUGUAUCAACGAGGAAAGUCUUAAAUCUCUCUUUCUAGACCUUGAAAA